GCGUUCCCAUCGCCCUGAACCCGGAAGUGCGUCUUCCCAUUCGCGGGCGUGCGGGGCCGGCCGGAGCGCCCGAGCCGAGUCCAGCCGAGCCGAGCCGAGUCCAGCCGAGCCGGCGGGGCGGAGAUGGCGGCGGCGGCGGAGCUGCAGGGGAAGUACCAGAAGCUGGCCCAGGAGUACUCCAAGCUCCGAGCUCAGAACCAAGUCCUGAAAAAAGGAGUUGUAGAUGAGCAAGCAAACUCUGCCUCACUGAAGGAACAACUGAAAAUGAAGGAUCAAUCACUGAGGAAACUGCAGCAAGAAAUGGACAGUUUGACUUUUCGAAAUCAGCAACUUGCCAAGCGGGUGGAGCUACUUCAAGAUGAACUUGCAUUAAGUGAAGCUCGGGGCAAAAAGAACAAGAAAAGUGUAGAAUCCUCAUCUCAGCUGAGUCAAGAACAGAAAAGUGUCUUCAAUGAAGAUCUUCAGAAGAAAAUAGAAGAAAAUGAACGACUGCAUAUACUUUUCUUUGAAGCAGAUGAGCAGCACAAACGUUUAGAAGCAGAGCUGAGGAGUAGACUGGAGGUUUUGGAAACGGAUGCUGCCCAGCACCAAGCUGUGGUGGACAGCUUAACCAAGAAAUACACAGAGACCAUAGAAAAGCUGCAGAAUGAUAAAGCCAAAUUAGAAAUCAAGUCUCAGACACUAGAAAGAGAAGCUAAGGACUGUAGGCUUCGAACUGAAGAAUGCCAGCAACAGCUAAAGAAUCUUCAAGCAGCUUUGGGCAGUAGACUGGAAGAAUCUCUAUGCAUAAUUAAUGAAAAAGUACCUUUUAAUGACACAAGAUCUACUCGAUACAAUGCUCUGAAUGUACCAUUGCACAACAGAAGGAAUCAGCUGAAGCUGCGAGACCUAGCUGGCCAGGCCAUGGCUUUUGUCCAAGAACUUGUAACAGCUCUCCUGAACUUCCACACCUACACUGAGCAGAAGGUACAGAUCUUCCCCAUUGAUUCUGCAACAGACAUAAUAUCGCCCUUAAAUCAGAAGUUCUCACAGUAUCUCCAUGAAAACGCUUCCUAUGUUCGCCCUCUGGAGGAAGGAAUGCUGCACUUGUUUGAGAGCAUCACGGAGGAUACUGUGACAGUCCUGGAAACAACUGUGAAAUUGAAAGGCUUCUCAGAACAUUUAGCUUCCUACUUAGGCUUUUUAAGAAAGAUUCUUCCUUAUCAGUUAAAAAGUUUGGAAGAAGAGUGUGAGUCUUCUCUUUGCACAGCUGCUUUAAGAGCUAGAAAUAUGGAGCUGCACAGAGACAUGAAAAGGUUGACUGCAGUCUUUGAGAAGCUACACACAUACGUCAGUCUUCUGGCCUUACCAAGUACAAGACCAGAAGGACUCCUUAGGACAAAUUACAACUUUGUGUUUACAAACAUUGCUGCCAGUCUUCAUGGAUUCCAUGACAUUUUAAAAGAUAUUUCCAAGCACUAUAGUCAGAAAGCUGCUUUAGAACAGGAAGUUCCAACUGCCACACAGAAACUGAUAACUACAAAUGACUGUAUUUUAUCCUCUGUUGCUGCUUUAACAAAUGGAGCAGGCAAGAUGGCCUCCUUCUUUAGCAACAACUUGGAUCUCUUCACCACCUCGUUGAGUUAUGGCCCUAAGGGAGGAGCAGAGUUCAUCAGCCCUCUCUCAGCCGAGUGCAUGCUGCAGUACAAGAAGAAGGCAGCUGCUUAUGUGAAGUCCUUGAAGAAGCCUUGUGCAGAUUCAGUGCCUUAUGAAGAGGCUUUAGCCAAUCGCAGAGUUCUCCUGAGUUCUACAGAAAGCAGGGAAGGUCUUGCACAACAGGUCCAGCAGAGUUUGGAGAAAAUUGCAAAACUUGAACAAGAAAAAGAACACUGGAUGUUGGAGGCCCAGCUAGCUAAAAUAAAGCUAGAAAAAGAAAACCAAAAACUGAAGAACUCUCUUAGUGGACAUUUAACUGAAACUAUCCAGGAGCGUUCAGUUUUGCCAAAUAUAGCAGAACAAAAGAAGGAAACCACAGAAAAGAGUCUGAGGGAACCUAUUAAGAGCACCAGUCUGAUUGGAAUGUUGACUGUAACUACUGAUAAUGAAAAGGCUCCAGAUGUUGAGUCUCGUGAAGAUCUGAUAAAAACUCACUACAUGGCCAGGAUAGCAGAGCUGACCUCUCACCUGCAGCUUGCUGACAGCAAAUCAGUGCACUUCCAUGCUGAGUGUCGAGCACUUGCCAAAAGACUUUCUCUGGCAGAGAAGUCCAAGGAAUCGCUCACAGAAGAGUUGAAGCUUGCCAGUCAAAACAUCACCAGAUUACAGGAUGAAUUGAUGACAACAAAGAGGAGCUACGAGGACCAGCUAAGCAUGAUGAGUGACCAUCUGUGCAGUAUGAACGAAACCUUGACUAAGCAAAGGGAGGAGAUUGAUACACUGAAGAUGGCCAGUAAGGGAAAUUCUAAAAAGAACAAAAAUCGAUAGUUUACAGCUGAAUCCUUGGAAGCUGCUGCUGCACAGGAUGCAGACAGUGUGACCAUUCAUUAUCUAGUUCCUGUUUGUUCCAGGAAGCAGAGGCUGGUACUGGGUCUAGUAAAAACUGAAUUGGUGCUGUAAAUGGCUUUAAAAUAUUUAGAACGUGUAACAGAUAAAACAGAACUUAAUGUUGUCUCUAAACCAGGAAAUACACACUCUGUGGGUAAUUUAUAUAGUAUUUACCUUCAGUUUUUACUGUGCACUUUUUAAAACCAGGUUUUGAUUUCAUGUAACAACUUCAGAUUUUGUAUAUUUUCAAAUAUGUUUCUGCAUUAACAAAUUUAGAUUGGUGCAGUAAGUGUCAAUUUUUGAGUUCUGCAUUUAAUGGUCAGCACAUGUACAUUCCAUUACUUGUUAAUAACAGUUUAAAAAUGAGUUUUGAGACUUUUUUGGCCAUGCAAGCUGUGCAGUUACUGUGAAUGUAUUACUCCUGUUCUCAGCCCUCUAGAAUUAAUUAGAAUUGUGGCUUGAAAUGAUUUUCACAAAUUCACCAAGUAAAUGGGAUCAUUGUUAGACUACAAGAAUGGAAACCUUUCCUGCUUCUUUUGACAGUUUGGAUUUUGAGGUGAAGAGCACAAAUAGAUGAAUUGGGCUACUUCAAUGAAAUUGCUUUAAGCCAUUUCUGUAACAUUUUGUUUACACAGGUAUAUAUAUAUAUAUAUAUUGGUUGAAAUAGCUGCUUAAGGCUAGAGGAAACUACAAUUGUCAUUUGCCCCAGAAGAGUGAAAUAAUGUGCAUAGAAUAGAUCAGCUUACUGUGUUCUCUUACAGUAAAGAGGAAUAUGAAAUAUGUAGAAGAUUUAAACACUGAAUUUGCAAAAGGUCUUCGUGGAAUUGAGUUGCGAUAAAUUCACUGGGGGGGAUGCACAUUUUCUGUGUUUUCAGAAGCUUGUGAACUUUAGGCCUCUCCUGAGAUUUUUUUAAAAUUUUUUUUUCAAGUGAAGCUCAAUAUCACAAGUUUUCACAGCAUUGAUUUGUUGUUGGGGGGUGGGGUUUGUUGGUGUUAGGUGGGGGUUUUGUUUGGUUGGUUUUUUGGUUGUGUUUUUUUUUGGUUUUGUUUGUGUUUUUUUGGUUUUUUUUAGAUCAGAUGCUGAGCUGCUCCACACUUUCCACACCAGUCUUCUGUUCCAUAAUUUCCAUUAUGGCACUUAUUUGUCCCACAGGGGUUUACUCUGAUAUCAGAUGUGUUGAAAUGUGUUAUCAGUAUGUAAUAAUAAAAUCAAACACAUGAAACCAGCUUGACUUUUUCCUUGCUUCUGGCUAUGCCCAGGCUGCAGAAUGUGACAUCGUGGCGGGGUGUUCCAGCUGUUGCUGGUGGAAUAGUUAUACCAGUCCAGGUGCUCUCAGUGCUUCUCUUUGUUCUGAUCGUUUUUCCUUUCAGAAGUGCAAAAUAGAAGUGGUUGUGAAAGGGAGAGGAGAUGGGGAGAGCCUGCAGGGUUUCUUACUGAUGUUGAAUUAAGAACUCUGUCCUGGUGCUAAUCAGCGUUGGGAAGUGUUGGCUUUCUCUCCAGCCAUUUUAUGGAAGCAGAUACAGCUCAACUGUUUAAUUUAGGGUUGGGAAGCUAAUUGCUUUCUUCCAAUUCUUUUGAAGCUGCCUUUUCUGAGAACUUUCAUCUUGCACAGAAGGUACUAAUCCAGUUAUUUUAAUUCUCUGAAUUAAAUUACUGAACUGAUAAUACUUUUAUCAAUACUACUUUUCAUAGGUUGCUGCAUUUAGAAAAAG